CAUUCAUUUUAUCCAAAAGUAGCUUCAACAGUCAGGCCUGCAGUCAUGAAAGCCGUAGUGAUCACCACUCCCGGCGAUCCCCAAGUUCUCCAAGUGCAAGAAGUCGAAAACCCUGAAAUCGGAGAUAAUGAAGUUCUAAUUAGAGUGGAGGCCUCUGCUCUUAAUCGAGCGGAUACGCUUCAGAGGAAGGGCUUGCAUCCUCCCCCCAAAGGCAGCAGUCCCUACCCCGGUCUCGAAUGUUCUGGAAUCAUCGAAGCUGUUGGAAAGGCCGUCGUCCGAUGGAAGGUUGGCGAUCAGGUGUGUGCUCUUCUUGCUGGAGGAGGGUAUGCUGAAAAAGUGUCUGUUCCAGCUGGGCAAGUUCUUCCUGUCCCAUCUGGUGUUUCCCUGAAGGAUGCUGCUGCUAUUCCUGAGGUUGCAUGUACUGUUUGGUCAACUGUUUUUAUGAUGAGCCGACUAACUGCAGGAGAAACAUUUCUGAUUCAUGGGGGGUCAAGUGGAAUUGGUACCUUUGCUAUUCAAAUAGCCAAAUACAUAGGAGCAAGGGUAUUUGUUACAGCAGGAAAUGAAGAAAAAUUAGCUGUUUGCAAGGAUCUUGGAGCAGAUGUGUGCAUCAAUUACAAGACUGAAGACUUUGUUGCACGGGUGAAGGAGGAAACAGGAGGGAAAGGUGUUGAUGUUAUACUGGAUAAUAUUGGAGGAGCCUACUUUCAGCGAAAUAUCAAUAGUUUAAAUGUUGAUGGGAGGCUUUUUAUUAUUGGUUUUCAGGGUGGAACAGUUGCAGAAGUAAAUCUUUCAGGUUUACUUGCAAGGCGCCUUACAGUGCAAGCGGCUGGUUUGCGAAACAGAAGUCUGGAAAAUAAAGCUGCAAUUGUGAGUGAGGUGGAGAAGAAUGUUUGGCCUGCAAUCGCGGCUGGAAAGGUUAAGCCUGUGGUGUACAAGUAUUUUCCAUUGACGGAGGCAGCAGAGGCUCACCAGCUCAUGGAAAGCAGCAACCAUGUUGGGAAGAUACUGCUCAUUCCAUGAUGUUAUGGGUAUGAAUGGUCUUAUGCCUUAAAGAGGAUGGCAUGGUUUUUAUAACUCUUAGUGUGCAUCUACAUUCUACACUAUCUGAUACAAUGUGUGAUUGGCAGCUGUAGAUGGUCAAUGCUUAUUUUCUUAUGUAGCCCUGUCAUUUGAGAAUAAAAACCAGCCUUCUCGUCCAAACA